AUGGAGACCGAGGCAGUGGCAGCGGGCGAGGGCGGCUUCACCAGCGUUCUGUCCAGACGGAGCACUUUUUUCAAGGAGGUGGCCAUGGACACGGAGGAGCCGUGGCCCAGCAAAAGGCCGGCCUUCCCGCCGGUGGCCACCGAAGCGCUUGGGGUUGGGAAAGGCGAAAUGAGGAAGGUUCCCGUGCCAGCCAACAGGUACACUCCACUGAAAGAGAAUUGGAUGAAAAUAUUCACACCUGUCGUAGAGCACUUGCAACUUCAAAUCAGGUUUAAUCUGAAAACAAGAAACGUUGAAAUCAAGACUUGUCAAGAAACAAAGGAUCUCAGUGCUUUAACGAAGGCAGCUGAUUUUGUGAAAGCAUUUAUACUUGGGUUUCAAGUAGAGGAUGCUCUUGCUCUUAUCAGAUUAGAUGAUCUGUUUCUAGAAUCAUUUGAAGUUACAGAUGUUAAACCAUUGAAAGGAGAUCACCUGUCAAGAGCAAUAGGGAGAAUAGCAGGUAAAGGUGGGAAAACAAAAUUCACUAUAGAAAAUGUAACGAGGACACGAAUAGUUCUUGCUGACAUGAAAAUUCACAUUUUGGGAUCUUUUCAGAACAUUAAAAUGGCACGAACAGCAAUUUGCAAUCUAAUUUUAGGAAGUCCUCCAUCAAAAGUUUAUGGCAAUAUUCGGGCAGUGGCCAGCAGAGCAGCUGAAAGAUUCUGAACUACAGCACAGCUGCCCUGCAGCUGCAUCACCAAGGAC